AUGAGGGCUGCUGCCAACGGCAGUUUUACUGCCACCAUCACCAACUUUAAUGUGUAUGUAUCGUCUGUGCGCUCUAUUGUCUUUCAUCAGCCAUCUACCGACAGUGGUGUCGAUGGCUCGCGUCAAGAGACCGCUACCAUCAAUGCCGACGGCACGGGCAAGAACUUCGUCAACGCUGAGGUUCUGCAAAAUGGAGACAAGGCAUCAGGCGGUGCAUUCAAGAGCAAGUGCCUCGUCUCCUUCAUCACCACGGGCGGCUUUGGCAACUGCGUUGUCGUUGAAUAG